CUCCUCGCCGGCGACCUUUCCUGCAGGCGAGCAUGCGCACACGAGCCGAGCGACCCCGACCGGGCGUGGGCUGGAGGCGGCUGAGCCGGUCGCCUCUGCUUCAGUGCGCACGCGCACAGCCCAAUCCGCGCGAGGGAAACUUGCGCAUGCGGCCUAGCCUUCCGGACUCCGGAGCGAGCAGAAGCGCGGGCUUCUCCGGUAGGUUUGUAGUUCUUCAGGUCCCCGGGGCGAGUUCCACGUUACGCCACGGCCGCGUCAUCCUUUUUGUUUGAGUAGCCGCGGUUUAGGCAUCCAUUGCAUGGAUCGCCAUAAGCUCUUAGGACCACAGAAUCCGCACGACCAUGGUGACUGCUUUGCAAACUCCGUGCACGGGUUGGACGCAAACGUGGGUUGUAGAGAUAAUUUUUCCCAGCGUUGCCUCUCGGUUACUCUAUAACCCGGUUAGUGCGAGAUUGCCAGCCCCGCAUCUCGACUAGACGCUAAGGGCGAAAACUCAGAAAAAGCCGAAACUUCCCUGGUGGCUUCCUGAAGAGCAGGAAUAGCGAAAUGAUUAGGCCAGCAGCACCCUAGAGACUGAUACCUCGGGGCUUCUCACCGUCGUGGCCUGAUCAUGUUCCUGUGUAGCUUAAUGCCGAAAUGAGUGGUCACUGUCUAGAGCAAACGAUUAGUAUCAAGUUUUGCGUGAAAUUGAACAAUUCUGCCAGUGAGACCCACUGUCUUUUGAAAGGUUUAGGUAGGGCGGGAAGAUGGCCUAUAUAUGAUGCGUGAAGAGGUCGUCCAGUCACCCACAGGAAGGAUGAAAAUACCCAGAAGGUCAAGGACUCGGUUUGUUCAAACAGGCAGUUAACGGUGAGAACUGCUGAAGGAUUAAAUUUAGAUAAAGAAACCGUUAGUCUCAUUCUGAAAGAAAACCUGAACAUGAGAAAAAUGUCUGCCAAAGUUCCAGCGAGUAUUCUGAAGGAUGAGCCUGAACUCGAGAAAUUUGAAUUCUCCUCUGACUUCAUUCAAAAGAAAUUGCGAAAAGCCAGCUUAUAUGUGAGGGAAAGGGUAACAAGGCCUGAGACAUGGAGUCCUUUGCAGCAGAAAGCUGGUAGGGAAAUGUCUCUGCCUGUGUUGAAUCCCAGAAUCCACGUCCCCGUCCCCACCCCCACCCCCACCCCCUCCAGCCAGCUUCUGCAGGCGUCAGCCUCAGUCAGCAAGCAUUUUCCUAGGGUGGCUCAGGAUUGGUUCACAUCCUGCUGAAAUGAGCCUGAGGUCGCCAGAAUCUGACCAGGAAGCUGUCCUCAUCUUCUUUUCAUCUCUGGCUCCUUCACGCUUGGCAGGAUGCAUCUACAUAUAAUACUGAUCUAUGGGGUCCUCUUCCUUGCUGUUCCCAACCUUCAUGGAGGGCUUGUGGCUGUUGACUUCUGGUGAUAGUUUGUUUUUUAUUUCAGCAAAGUGUGGCUCUCUUCAGUGCCUGUAGCUCGACUUGGGGCUACCCUGCACAUCCUGCUGUUCCACUGGAUCAUGCCAGUGAGAAGCGCUGGUCGAAGUCUAUUUCUAUGUCCAUAAAAUAUUUUCUGAGGGGACCCCAAAAGAAAUCCUGCUGUUUCAGCCUGUUUCACAGUCAGGGCCUGAGAAAUGUGGUACAGAAGGCAGUGUGCUCUAACCUGAAUGACUCAGGGUUGGUCUACAAUAGUCACCUCACAGAACUCCCCUUCUCAGACAGGAGAGCUAGGUGUGUCUCAUUCUCCUGUACUUUGGACCACCAUUCUUUGGGGUGUUCCUUCUGCUAGAAGAGAAGGGUUUGGCCCUAGAACAUUUAAGCCAUGAGACCCAGGUGAAGGCCGUGAUGUCCCAUGAAGAGAUGAGAUGAUUCCUCAGGUCUCACAUUAAGGGAGUGUGGGAUACAGUGCCGAUUCACAAACAACAUUUAUUUAGUAACUGAGGUCAAGUGUGUUUUGAGCAUCGAUGGUGUGAAGCUCUGUAAUGAGAUUGCUGAGGAUAGGUGGGGUUUACGGAGGAGAUGAUUUUUAACGAUAUCUGUGUGAAGAAGGGUGAGAGAAAGGACCAGGAGAUGAGAGGAUGCACAGGAAGUGGUCCAGCAUGAGGCUUGGAACAUGUGCAAAUAGAAAAUGCACUUUUAGAGUUAAAAUACUUAGGUCAGGCAGGGGGCAGGUAGUGGUGUUGUAAUUGAGGAAUUUGAAAACUUUGGUCUUCCUCUCUUCUGCCCUUAAUUUUAUGCUAGUAGUUUAUAAAUUGCUACCCCUAUGUCUGCAGGUAGGUUUAUGAUAAACUCCCUUGUUAGAGCAGCUGAUUGGGCUCCCCCCCCCCCAAAAGAAAGCAGGCCCUACAAAUUUAAACAGUCUCUUCGUACCUCGCUGCCAGAGUUCAUGGAAUAAAUGAAACUUGUCUCAAGAGGGUUGCAAGUACUCCACGUGGGCAGAAAGCAUCUUGGAAUGCCUAAGGGGGUGCAGAGGGAAGGGAGGCAACAGCAUCUCAGCACUGGCCAGUGUCUGCCUUACCCAGGGGUCUGACACUUAGUGACGCCGCUUCUUAACGUAAAUAAUACAGGUUGAUAAUCGUGCCCAGCACCGUGGCUAGUUCACUUUACUGCCUCUCGUGCUUUCAAAAGGUUUCAAGGCCAGGUGGUGCAGCACACUCCCAGCACUUGGGAGGCAGAAACAGGUGGUCCUCUUUCAGAGGACCCGGGUUCAAAUCCCAGCACCCACAUGGAAGCUCACCGGUCAUUCCAAAGGA